CAACAAAAGGAAAAAGAACACUGCACCAACCAAAUUAACAGCUCCUUAGAAUCACGCCACUAUUUUUUGGUCAUUCAAAAUAACCUAACAUCAGUCCUUGCUUGGCAAACCUCAAAAUCUCAUAUAUUUGAGCUCAACAAGUUUCCUUUUGCACGUGUGAAAUAAGAAUCCAUGAUGAAGGAGGGUCAACAAGUCGCUUGAAUUGGAAGAGACAACAGAAUUUGGGACAGAUAGAGGUGAGUAUUGUGAGAGAAGAGACAAGAUUUGAUGGCAGCCAUUCAUGUGGUUGUUCUGUUUGUUUGUUGCACUUCCCUUUCUACCAUCGUGAGAUGUGAGCGUGAUAAAGAUCAUCAUAGGUAUGCUCAAGAGAUUCUAAGUUCAGCUCAGAACGAAAAGGAUUGGUUGGUUUCAGUGAGAAGGGAAAUUCAUCAACACCCAGAAUUAGCUUUCCAAGAACACAACACAAGUGCCCUUAUCCGCAGAGAGCUUCACAAACUUGGAAUACCUUAUACAUACCCAGUUGCCAAAACUGGUAUCGUUGCUCAACUUGGUUCUGGCUCUCCUCCCAUCAUUGCUAUUCGUGCUGAUAUUGAUGCACUCCCUUUGCAGGAGCUUGUUGAGUGGGAAUACAAGAGCAAAAUUGAUGGCAGAAUGCAUGCUUGUGGACAUGAUGCUCAUGCUACUAUGCUACUUGGGGCUGCAAAGUUGCUCAAUCUGCGCAAAGAUAAGCUUAAGGGAACUGUGAGACUUAUUUUCCAACCUGCUGAGGAGGGAGCUAGAGGUGCCUCACAAAUGAUACAAGAAGGAGCUCUUCAAGAUGUACAAGCAAUUUUUGCUGUUCAUAUUGAUGCUAUGACACCUACUGGAGCAAUAGCAUCGAUUUCAGGGCCUUUUACAGCUGCUGGGUGCAUUUUUGAGGUGACAAUUGCAGGAGUAGGUGGUCAUGCCGCUUGGCCACACGAGACUGUAGAUCCAUUGCUGGCUACAUCAUUUGCAAUAUUGGCACUGCAACAGCUUGUCUCAAGGGAAAUUGAUCCUCUUCACAGUCAAGUGCUAUCAAUUACUUAUGUCAAAGGAGGGACUGCGUUAAACGUGAUCCCAUCAUAUGUAAUCUUUGGAGGUACUUUAAGGAGCCAGACAACUGAAAGCAUGCACCAUUUCAGACAGCGGUUAAAAGAGGUUAUCGAAGGACAGGCAAGUGUACACAGAUGUAAUGCAUAUGUUGAUUUCAAGGAAGAAGACUUCACACCAUAUCCUGCUGUUGUGAAUGACAAAGAUUUACAUCUUCAUGUGAAAAAAGUUGGCCAACUUCUGCUUGGUUCAAACAAUGUCCAUACAGCCAAGAAGGCGAUGGCAGGCGAAGACUUUGCGUAUUAUCAACAAGUGAUUCCCGGAGUAUUGUAUUCCAUUGGAAUCAGAAAUGAGAAAGUAGGAUCAGUUCACUCCCCACACUCCCCAUUUUUCUUUCUUGAUGAGGAAGCUCUUUCAAUUGGAGCAGCUCUGCACACUGCUGUUGCUGAGAUGUAUUUAAAUGAGCACAGUGUUUAGUAAAACUUGUUUUAUUAUUGCUGUGACACUUCUGUGCCUUGUAUAAAUUCCAUUGUUGCAUCCAAAAUCCACACUUGUUAAUCUCUUGCUAUAUUAUAUAGUAUUAGUUGUAAAAACUAUUUACAUUUUUAUAAGAUGGUGAAAUAUAAUUAGAUGAUUGCAUCAAA